CUCAUCAUAAACAGCCGUCAAAACAACAUCAAUGGCAAUGCACACUGUUCGAUUGUCGCCGGCGACUCAACUUCACGGCGGUAUCUCUAGCAAUCUGUCACCACCCAAUCGAAAACCUAAUAAUUCCAUCGUCCGAUACGGAUGCGGAUCUUCGAAGCGUUUCCGUAUCGUAACGGUCUUGGCGUCACUCCGGGAAAACGAUGCAAACGGAAGGGAUAACUCCGUGAGAGCUAUGGAAGUGAAGAAGAUCUUUGAAGACUCGCCUCUGCUUCCUAAGCCGUUAUCAUCGAACCAGCUCACGGAAUCUGUCUCUAAUGGCUCCCGCGUUCGUGUUGCGUAUCAGGGAGUACGAGGUGCAUACAGCGAAUCAGCUGCUGAGAAGGCUUAUCCAAACUGUGAAGCUGUUCCAUGCGAAGAGUUUGACACUGCUUUUGAGGCGGUUGAGCGGUGGCUUGUUGACAGAGCUGUUUUACCGAUUGAGAACUCUUUAGGUGGAAGCAUCCAUAGAAAUUAUGAUCUUCUGCUGCGACACAAUUUGCAUAUUGUAGGCGAAGUCAAGCUAGCUGUUCGGCACUGUUUGUUGGCUAACCACGGUGUAAAUAUUGAAGAUUUGAGAAGGGUGCUUAGCCAUCCACAGGCUCUUGCCCAAUGUGAAAACACGUUAACCAAAUUGGGGUUGGUCAGAGAAGCAGUAGAUGAUACUGCUGGCGCUGCGAAGCAAAUUGCAUUCGAAAAUUUAAAUGAUGCAGCUGCAGUUGCCAGUGAAAAAGCUGCAAAGAUAUAUGGUUUGAACAUAGUCGCUAAAGAUAUCCAGGAUGACUGUGAUAAUGUUACAAGGUUUCUAAUGCUCGCAAGAGAACCCAUUAUCCCUGGAACUAACAGACUCUUUAAGACAAGUAUAGUUUUCUCGUUAGAGGAAGGGCCUGGAGUACUUUUCAAAGCGCUUGCUGUGUUUGCCCUUCGGCAAAUCAACCUCACAAAGAUUGAAAGCCGCCCUUUAAGGAAACAUCCUCUCCGAGCAUCUGGAGGACUAAAAUACUUUGACUAUCUUUUCUAUGUGGACUUUGAAGCAUCUAUGGCUGAUGAAGUUGCUCAAAACGCACUUAGGCAUCUCGAGGAGUUUGCUACCUUUUUGCGGGUACUGGGAAGCUACCCAGUGGACACUACAAUGCUCUAAACAUUUCAAACAUCUUCUUGGUAAAUAGUUCAUUGGUUUGCAUUUCGGAUCUGAGUUAGUAAAAUUAUAUCAAGUGAGGUGAAAUAUUUGAAUAGUUUGUGACAGAGAUCCGCUUGAUGAUAUCAUAAUCCUGGUAUAAGGAGCUAUAUCCCUGAGGUGAGGUCUGAGAGGAGUCACCACCUUACAAGACAUUCCGCUCUUGUUACAAAUUCUGUUUAGUUUUCCAAAAAAGAUCAUCUUUGUUUUUAGUAAGAAUGUAGUCACUAAGUCAGAUAUCAAUGACAAAUACCAAAGAACUAGUGUUUUUUCGUGUUUCAUCCAUACAUAGAUACUUAUCCUGUGUCUUUUUUAGAAAUUUCUUUUUGUAUGACGUUUCAAAAUUUUGAUUGACUAUUGUUAGUGGUAUAUCUUUGAGUUAAUAAACGAGAUAUAAUCUGUUUUCCUGUUCACAAAAAAAAA